AUGUCUCGGGUUUUACGAUUCGCUCGUUCUGACGAGGAAAACGAAUUCGUUCUUCUCCAUGUCGUGAAGUUGGGUCCGGCGGCGCUGGACCUCUCUCUCACUGCCACUGAAGGCGAAAGCCCAUAUACGGCCAGAGUCCAGGAGUCACAUCUCAAAGAACUAUGCGCCAAAAGCUACCAGGGCCCAGACGAAGAGUGGACACAGAUCAUCGCGUAUGUAUUGGGACAAGCUGACCCGACCCAGAAGCUGCCAGCAUGGUCGGGAGUGGCGGCCUCCAUUCAUAUCACAGGUUCGACGGAGGAGAACAAAGAGAUGGUCAUAACCGUCCGAAAAAGAGUCCAGUCAAUCACGCAAAGGCUUGGUGCGAUAAUUCUCAAGCAGAAUGACCAGCAAGCGAUCGAGCUGUUCGACUGGUCAGGUCUUGCUGCCGCCAGAGCGGGCGAAUUGGAAAGCCAGGUCAUUGACUUGACAGAUCGAGUUCAUGCUGCAGAGGACACGGUCCAGAAAUUGAACGAACAACUGGAGGAGCUGAUGCGGGCCAAAACCCAGCAUGAAGUCCAGCUUGUGGCUAACUUCGUUCAACUUCUGAAUGAGAAAAAACUUAAGAUACGUACCCAGCAACGGCUUCUAGCAUCCGCAACCAUGGACCCCACAAAAGCCGCAGAGAUACAAGCAGCCACUGCGAAAGUCCAUGCAACCCGGGGAGAACCGCAGUCCACAAAACGAAAUGCCCAUGAUAUGGGUGAUAAAAAUGGCGAUAUAGAGGAAGACUUUGAAAAAAUGGACGUUGAUCAAGAGAAGAACGAUGACCAGGAUACUGAUGCAGGAGGCCAAUACACGCCACAGCAGUUGGAGGAAGGAAACACGACUACCGAUGAUGAAUUUUGGGGACUAGAGACAGCACAGGCGUCCGUCAAAUCAGAUCGGACCAGGGUGGAGGGUUCAUCGUCCAAAGCAGCGGCCCCGCCACCGCGCAGAGAGCUACCCUUUACCAGACGAGGACCAUCGGCGAAGGCAGAGGUAGCCCCUGCUCCCAGUGAAGUUGCCGAAGAAACUGCAGGGGAGACAGAUGAUGAUGAGCUGUGA